AUGGCUAGCAAGAUGCAUGGUGUGAAAAAAUGCAGUUCGUCUGUCGAAGUUCUGUCAGUUCUCCGAGAUUUCCGUCGCACAAAGAAAUUCUGUGACAUCACUUUGAAAUGUGGUGAGCGUAAUUUUUAUGCCCAUUGUUGUAUUUUGGCCGCUGUUAGCCCAUUUUAUUUAGCCAUGUUUCGUAGUGGCAUGUCCGAAGUGAACUGUGAAUUCAAAACUGUGGACUUAGCCUUUUUAUCUGUUAGCCCGUCUGCAGUAAGCGUUGCUCUUGACUAUAUUUACGGUGAAGUUAUAGAAAUAAAUUUGGAAAACGUUUUUGAAUUGCUUGUCAUAGCCGAUUAUAUGCUUCUCAAUGAGUUAAAAAAUGAUGUCAGCAAUUAUCUAUGUGAAUGCUUAUCUGUAGAGAAGCCUGAUUUGUGUUUUGAAACCAGGCGUGUUGCAGAAUUGUAUGGGUGUAAGGGACUUUAUGAGGCAACAAACUCUUUUAUCAAUGCGAUGUUUUACCGACUUUCGCACACGUCUGCGUUCUUGGAAUUGAGUGUAGCAGAAUUGGAAUCUUUCCUAGAAUCUGACGACCUCUCCACCAAUGAGCGUGAACGAUUCGAAAUCAUUUCGAAGUGGGCUGCCAAUUCUCGAGAAUCCAGAGAGAUGGAACUUGGACGAUUACUUAAUGAGUAUAUCCGCCGACGGACCCUUUCGCCAAGGGAAUGUCGCCAAAUGUUUGAUCGUUAUGAAUUAUUACCAAAUCUUUUUAUACUGGAUAUGUUCGAAGAAAGAUUCUUCAGACCAGAUAAUGUACCCAUCAACAAAAUGCAUCGGUGGGGGCGGCAAGGUCAAGAAGUGAUUCUAGUGUUUGACAAUGACAAACCACAAGCAUAUAUACCUGGUCUAAUUCCCUGGCACCCAAUCAUGCCCAUGCCAGAAACCCAUGGAACAAUUCAAAGUUGUGAUGUUAAACAAUUUGGUGUAUGUUAUUGGCGGGACAACAGGCCAGACAAUAAGUUUAACCGUUUGGCGAUACUUCCCUUCCCAAAACUUCUGGAAAACUGCCGCACCAAUGCUGAAAACGGCAGCAAGUUUUGGUGUAGCUGCAUUAGCUGA